AAUACGUGUCACCUUUAUAUCAAUGGGGACCCCACUUAAGAUACCGAGCAUCACGCCUUUAUGGCGCAUUAUAGCAUAUCCGGCGUUCCAAAACCGACGCUCUCUCUCUCUCUAUUUUAUUACACACACGGUCUCUCACCAACCCAAACUCUCAAACCCAACAAGAAAAACAAUAGAGAAGCUUACAAAUCACCAAUGGCCGCCAAUCGUCGCCUUUGUUAGGUAAUCCUAUCGAGUCGAGACAAUAACAAGUACCAUUGGUCCCUACUCAAAUCCCAACUGUCCCUUUCCAGUCUCCAUUCCUUAUAAUGGUCUCCCCCGAGUUCUCACCAGCUCACUACGAAACUCCUCCAAUGGCGAAACCCAGUCUUCGUAGCAGGGCCUCACUGUGGAUUUCAGACGGUUUGCUCUUUCUGGGUGGAGUUUUCAUUGCCCUUUUACUCGUUUGGUCUCUCUUCUCCAUUGCGAGUCCUAAUCCCAACCGCGGCACCGAUUUUCGACGCCCCAUCGUCAAAACCAGAGGAGAUGAAGAAGCGCUAAAAUGCGCCGGGAGUGUGCAAGGAGCUAACACGCGCAACCAGGACUCGGUGGAGAGAACUUUCUACGACGACCCGGAGUUGAGUUACUCGAUUGAGAAGCCGGUCAAGGGUUGGGAUGAGAAGCGGCGCGAGUGGCUGAGGACGCACCCUUCGUUCGCCGGAGCAGGAGAUGGAGCAGCGCGUGAGCGCGUCCUGAUGCUGACGGGAUCACAGCCGUCCGCGUGUAAGAAUCCAAUAGGUGAUCAUUUAUUGCUUAGGUUUUUCAAGAACAAAGUGGACUAUUGCCGAAUUCACGGCUAUGAUAUCUUCUACAACAAUGCUCUGCUCCACCCGAAAAUGGGCUCUUAUUGGGCCAAGCUCCCUGUGGUUCGAGCUGCGAUGAUGGCUCACCCUGAGGCCGAGUGGAUCUGGUGGGUCGACUCGGACGCGUUGUUCACUGACAUGGAUUUCAAGCUCCCACUGGAACGUUACAAGGAUCACAACCUCAUCGUUCAUGGUUGGGCCCAUCUGAUUCACGAGACUCACAGUUGGACGGGCCUCAACGCCGGUGUGUUCUUGAUCAGGAACUGUCAAUGGUCCAUGGACUUCAUCGAUGUUUGGGCCAAGAUGGGCCCACAAACUCCCGAUUACGAAAAGUGGGGAGGUAUUCUUAGGUCAGCAUUUCCGGACAAGGCUUUCCCUGAGUCAGACGAUCAGACGGGUCUGGCUUACUUGAUCUACAAAGAGAAAGAGAAAUGGGCGGACAGGAUUUACUUAGAGAGUGAGUACUAUUUCGAAGGGUACUGGGAAGAGAUAGUAAAGACAUAUGAUAACAUCACCGAAAAGUACAGAGAGUUGGAUAGGACAGACGUCAGACUGAGAAGGAGGCAUGCUGAGGUAGUUAACGAGCAAUACGGUGCGUUUAGGGAGGAACAUUUGGGUGAGGUAGGGUACGGGUUAGGCAGCUGGAGAAGACCUUUUAUUACUCAUUUUACUGGCUGUCAACCUUGUAGUGGAAACCAUAAUCAAAUGUACUCUGGCCAAUCAUGUUGGGAUGGUAUGCGAAAGGCUUUGAAUUUUGCUGAUAAUCAAGUGCUUCGCAGCUUUGGUUACAUGCACCCUCACUUACUUGAUUCCUCUCUUUCUGAUGUGCCCUUUGAUUAUCCUACUUAAUAGAUAGUUUAUGUAUCAAACAAAAAUAUAGAACAUAAUUUUAGCCUAUGUAUGAUUUUGAUAUUGAAGGGUUUUGUAUUUUUUUUUUUUUAAGGUAGUUGAGAUUGAGAAUAGUAGAAUAUGUACAUUUUGGUUGACCGUAUGAGUCGUUACCCUUCCUACUCCCCUAGUGGGGAAAUGGCAUUUCCAAUAUAUGCUUUUAUCAAAGUAUGUUGGUACUUCAAAUAAAAUAAUGCAUAGUUUAAUGAUAA